CGCGUUCUUCUUCCCUCAGCCCCAUAAUCGACGAUUUCCAAGCUCUCACUCCCAUGCCGCGCCGCCCCACAGCUCCUAGUGAUGACGCAGCAUCCACCAAGCCACGCCGCUCAGCUCGAUUGAAGCUCCCCACACCGUCAAACGAUACACGGUCUCCUUCGCCUCCGGCACAUCCUGUCGAACCCAACGACUUCUCCGCGUUCAGUGACGACUCCAUGAAGGAAAGCGACCACGGGGAGUCAGAAUGCGGCUCUGACUCUGACCGGAUCUCGUGGCCAGACUCCGCCGAAGAGCAGGAAGAGCAGGAUUUGGAUGAGCAAGAGGAGAUGGUGGAAUCUGAUGAGUCGUCGACGCAAGCUCGCAACGCGACGUCGAAGCGCUGGCUCCCAUUUCAAGACCGCUACCUUGCUCAAGCUGUUGACCAACGACGCCCGUUUGCCGAAGCUCCCAGCGAUCGAAACACCGCAUGGGAUGACACUUCCGACAUCCUGCGCACGUACAGUCAAGCUCAAGGCCCGCAGUCUGUUGUCGACCGGACCGGUUCCUCGUGUCGGUCUCGUUUUACCAAGAUGAUGGACCACCACAGGAAGGACGAAACCCGGUCCUUGAUGAAGACGGGCGCGGUUGAGGAGAUCUCCGAGCAUCUCAAGCUCAUGACAGAACUCCAAGCUCUCAUGGAUGACCAGGAGCGAAUUCCACCGCCGAAGAAGACAUCGAAAGCGAAGAAGAAGGAAGCAAUCGAAAGACAAGCGGGACUGGAGAUGCGCGAUGCCGCCAUGACGGGCUUGGUUGACACAUCCACUCUGACCGACGUGACGCAGAUAGAGGGAUCGACAUUCCGUGAGAAGCAGGGCCAAAGAAGGCGUCGUCGCGAACCUCUGCUUGACACAACCAAUGACGAACAGCCUAACGACAAUGAUUCUCGUCCUAAGAAGCGUCGCCGGGGAAUAAACGCUGUGACUGAUGCACUCGAAACCCGUGGUCAGGUCAUCGACGAGGAUAUCGCGGAAGCGAGACGCCGUGGGGCCGAGGAGCAUGAAAGGCUUGUUGCGGGACAGGAACGGAUUGCCGAGUCGCAGAACAAGAUGACGGAGGUUUUGGGUGGACUACUCGGAGAGCUCAAGGGCUUGCGAGAGGAUGCAAAGAACCGUGACGCGGCAAAUUCGGCUUGCAACACCACCGAGAUUCUAGCGGAAGCGUUGGCCAAGACACGAAGGGACUAAAAGAGGACCAAGUUCUGCAAUCAUGUACAACAUUUCUUUCAACUUGGACUUUCAAUCUACUGUAGCUACGAAUCUGAUAACAAGCUAGUCAUCUUCACCUUUGCCCCUUA